CCAUGAACAUGAUUCAAAAAUGUUAAUGUAUGAAUUAAGACCAUGGGGAACUCAUAUGCUGGGCAACUGAAAUCUGCUAGAUUUGAGGAAGCUCUACACAAUUCCAUAGAAGCCUCGCUCAGAUGUAGUAGUGUAGUGCCACGGCCAAUCUUUUCCCAGCUCUACCUGGACCCGGAUCAGCACCCUUUCUCAUCUGCAGAUGUCAAACCCAAGGUGGAGGACCUAGAUAAAGAUCUAGUACACCGCUACACUCAAAAUGGCAGCCUGGAUUUUUCUAACAAUGUAGCAAUUAAUGAAAUGGAAGAUGAUGACGAUGAAGAAGAAAUGUCUGACUCAAACAGCCCACCAAUUCCCUACUCACAAAAACCUGCCCCAGAAGGAUCUUGCACUACAGAUGGGUUUUGUCAAGCGGGAAAGGAUUUGCGUUUGGUAUCACUGUGUAUGGAACAAAUUGACAUCCCAGCGGGAUUCCUUCUGGUAGGGGCCAAGUCUCCCAAUCUUCCUGAACAUAUCCUAGUAUGUGCUGUAGAUAAGCGAUUUCUACCAGAUGACCAUGGAAAAAAUGCACUUUUAGGGUUUUCUGGAAAUUGUAUUGGUUGUGGAGAAAGAGGAUUUCGAUAUUUCACAGAAUUUUCCAACCACAUUAACUUGAAGCUCACCACCCAGCCGAAGAAGCAGAAGCACCUCAAGUACUACCUAGUCAGGACCUCCCAGGGAGUACUCUCCAAGGGGCCUCUCAUCUGCUGGAAAGAAUGUAGGAGCCGACAGUCCUCUGCUGUCUGCCACUCCACUAAACCCAUUUCUUCAGUGUCAUCAGCUGUGGCUCCAGAAAACGGAACAGCUAAUGGAUACAAAGCAGGCUUCACUCAGACAGAAGCAGCAAAUGGGGCCACUAGCCAUGGAGGAAAGAGUGGUACAUCCAGUUCUACUCCAUCCCGCCCUGGGAACUACUCUUUGUCACCAAGACCUAGCUACACAUCCAUAGACCAAGCUAACAUGUUCAUUUCUGGCCCACCAAAGAAACGCCACCGGGGAUGGUACCCUGGGUCACCUGUCUCCCAGCCUGCUCUAGUUGUGCCUGUUCCUACGGUUCGUCCUCUUUCAAGAACUGAGCCCCUCUUACCUUCCCAAGUUCCACAGACCCCAUUAACUGGAAUUCUCCAGCCGCGGCCUGUCCCUGCAGGAGAAACUGUGAUUGUUCCUGAGAACCUGCUGAGUAACUCAGGAGUUAGACCAGUGAUCCUGAUAGGCUACGGCACUUUACCCUAUUUCUAUGGAAAUGUUGGUGACAUUGUUGUGAGUCCUCUGCUGGUGAAUUGCUACAAGGUUCCCCAGUUGGAAAACAAAGAUCUGGAACAAUUAGGGUUGACCAGCACCCAGCUCCUUAGUGUGGAAAACAUGAUCCUUCUGACUAUACAGUACCUUGUACGGUUAGGUCCUGACCAGAUACCUCUCAGAGAAGAAUUUGAGCAAAUCAUACUGAGAGCGAUGCAGGAAUUUGCUGUGAGAGAGCGGACCCUGCAGAUGGGUGUCCCCUGUACACCUGUGUCACCGGGACAGCUCCCCUGGCUUGCUAGGCUAGCUGCCAGUGUGUCUCAAGACAUGGUUCAUGUGAUCGUGACCCAAAACUCUCUGGCAGAGGGCAUCUCAGAAACUCUAAGGCUUCUCAGUGAAGGCAAACACUAUCAAAGGCUCCCGGACUAUGUUGUAGCAAUCUGUGCAUCUAAAAUCAGAGGAAAUGAAUUCUGUGUGGUGGUGCUAGGUCAGCACCAGUCCCGGGCUCUGGCAGAGAGCAUGCUUACCACAAGUGAGUUUUUGAAAGAAAUUAGUUAUGAACUUAUCACAGGAAAGGUCAGUUUCCUGGCAUCGCAUUUCAAAACCACCUCAUUAGGCGAUGACCUGGACAAGCUGCUAGAAAAAAUGCAACAAAGAAGAGGAGACAGCGUGGUCACCCCUUUCAAUGGUGACCUUAAGGAGUGUGUGUCACCUCAAGAGGCUGCUGCUAUGAUCCCCACACAAAACCUGGAUGUAGAUAACGAAACCUUCCAAAUUUAUCAACCACAGCUCACAGUUGCCAGAAGACUCUUGUCCCAGGUGUGUACAAUCGCAGACAGUGGUAGCCAGAGCCUGGACCUGGGCCACUUCAGCAAAGUGGACUUCAUUAUCAUCGUCCCACGAUCAGAGGUUCUGGUCCAGCAAACCCUCCAACGGGUCCGACAAUCAGGUGUCCUUGUAGAUCUGGGUCUGGAGGAAAAUGGGAUGGCUCAUCAAAGAGCAGAGAAAUAUGUUGUUCGCCUGGACAAUGACAUUCAAAGCAAGUUUGAAGUUUUUAUGAGAAGGGUGAAACAGAACCCGUACACACUGUUUGUACUAGUUCAUGACAACUCCCAUGUGGAGCUAACGAGUGUGGUUUCGGGCUCUCUGUCACAUGGUGAGCCAACUCAUGGCUUGGCUGAUCGAGUCAUCAACUGCAGGGAAGUUCUAGAAGCUUUCAACCUCCUGGUGCUCCAAGUGAGCUCCUUCCCAUACACACUGCAGACCCAACAGUCUCGAAUCAGCACCAGCAAUGAGGUCCACUGGAUACAACUGGACACAAUGGAGGAUGUGGGCUGUGAGAAGCUCUACUUUGGCUUGAAUGAAUACAGCAAGUCUCUGCAGUGGGGUAUCACCAGCCCACUCCUGAGAUUCGAUGAGACCUUCGAGAAGAUGGUGAGCACACUGUUAGAGAGGUACCCCAGGCUGCAUAGUAUGGUCGUACGCUGCUAUCUUCUCAUCCAGCAGUACUCAGAGGCCCUGAUGGCUCUCACCACCAUGGCAUCACUCCGAGACCACAGCACACCAGAAACGCUCAGCAUUAUGGAUGACCUUCUCAGCUGCCCAGGAAAAACCAAAAGUGGGAGGGGACACAUGCUCGUCAUCAGAGUGCCUUCGGUGCAGCUGGCCAUGCUGGCCAAGGAGCGGCUGCAGGAGGUGCGAGACAAGCUGGGUCUGCAGUACCGCUUUGAGAUCAUCCUGGGGAACCCGGUCUCGGAACUCCACAUUGCUACGCACUUUGUGGCUCGAUUAAAGACCUGGAGAGGAAAUGAUCAGGAAGACUGGCUCCCUCGGACAUACCAAGAUUUGGAAGGUUUGCCCUGCAUAGUGAUAUUAACUGGCAAGGACCCCCUUGGAGAAACUUUUCCCAGGUCUUUAAAGUACUGUGACCUGCGAUUAAUUGACUCCAGCUACUUAACUCGCACAGCCUUGGAGCAGGAGGUGGGCCUGGCAUGCUGCUAUGUCUCAAAAGAGGUCAUCCGGGGGCCUGCUGCUGCCCUGGACCUCAGUGGAAAGGAGGCCGAGAGGGCCCCCACCAGUGAGAAUGACUCUGAGGAGCUGUUCAUCGACUUGGAGCGACCACAGAGCAACAGCAGUGCUGUCACGGGAACCUCAGGUUCCAUCAUGGAGAAUGGGGUGAGCUCCUCUAGUACUGACAAAUCCCAGCAGCAGCCUCCCACCCCCACCUUCCAGAGCCCCACCCCCAGUGUGCGGCUGGAUGAAGGGGUCUCUGCCAGCACUGCUGUGACUGGAGAGAGCCUGAAGCAGGAGUGUGACUCCGUGGGCCUUCCAAUGACCAGCAGCACCACCUCCAAGCCUUCUUCCUCCUCAUCCUCGAGUGCUCAGCCUCUUGCGUGGUCAGGGCAGCCGCCCAGAGGCUGCCGGGGCCUGCACACAGCCCUGCCCCCGGUGGUGAUCUUAUCCAAAGCUGCAUACAGCCUGCUGGGAUCCCAGAAGGGCGGCAGGCUGCCACCCUCCUCAUCCCUGCUACCCCACGCUGAUGUGGCCUGGGUGAGCUCUCUGCGGCCGGGCUUGCACAAGGACAUGAGCAGCGAGGAGCAGUCCCUUUUCUACCGUCAGUGGACCUCAGCCAGGCAGCACCAUGCUGACCACAGCAACCAGCCAGACCCCGCCUCGGGCUCCCGGACCUUGCACCCGAGACGGCUGCUGCUCACUGGACCCCCCCAGGUGGGAAAGACUGGCUCCUAUUUACAGUUCCUUAGGAUCCUUUUCCGAAUGCUUAUCCGGCUGCUGGAGGUAGACGUGUAUGAUGAGGAAGAGAUAAACACAGAUCACAGUGAAAACAGUGGAGCAAGCCAGUCAGAAGGAGAGCCCUGGCCUGACAUCGAGACCUUCAGCAAAAUGCCUUUUGACCUCAGUGUGCACGACCCCAAGUACAGUCUGAUGAGCCUGGUUUACACUGAGAAGCUGGCUGGGAUCAAACAAGAAGUAAUAAAGGAAUACAAAGUUGAGGAGCCUGGAAAACGAGAGACCAUGUCUAUUAUGCUGACCAAGUACGCGGCCUACAAUACCUUCCACCACUGUGAACAAUGCCAGCAGUACAUGGACUUCACUCCCACCUCCCAGAUGUCUGACUCCACCCUUCAUGCAUUCACAUUUUCUUCUUCUAUGCUGGGAGAAGAAGUCCAGCUUUAUUUCAUCAUUCCCAAGUCCAAAGAGAGUCAUUUUGUCUUCAGCAAGCAGGGCAGACACCUGGAAAGCAUGCGGCUGCCCCUGGUUUCGGACAAGAAUCUAAAUGCAGUCAAGAGCCCCAUUUUCACCCCUUCCAGUGGCCGACAUGAGCACGGACUCCUAAACCUUUUCCAUGCUAUGGAGGGCAUCAGCCAUCUUCACCUUCUGGUGGUCAAAGAAUACGAGAUGCCACUGUACCGAAAGUACUGGCCCAACCACAUCAUGCUGGUGCUUCCUGGCAUGUUCAAUAAUGCAGGCGUGGGUGCUGCCAGAUUCCUAAUUAAGGAGCUGUCAUACCACAAUCUAGAACUGGAGAGGAACCGCCUGGAGGAGCUGGGAGUCAAGCGGCAGUGUGUCUGGCCUUUCAUCGUUGUGAUGGAUGACUCCUGUGUCCUGUGGAACAUUCACAGUGUUCAGGAGCAAACCAGCCAGCCCACGGAAGCAGGAAUUUCCAGCAAGAAUGUGUCCUUGAAGAGUGUCUUGCAGCACAUUGAAGCCACACCAAAAAUUGUCCACUAUGCAAUCCUGGGCAUACAGAAAUGGAACAGCAAGCUGACAUCUCAGAAUCUAAAGGCCCCAUUCUCAAGAUGCCACGUGCAUGAUUUCAUUCUCCUCAACAUAGACCUGACUCAAAAUGUACAGUAUGACUUCAAUAGGUAUUUCUGUGAAGACGUUGACUUUAACCUGAGAACGAACAGCAGUGGCCUGCUCAUCUGCCGCUUUAAUAACUUCAGUCUCAUGAAGAAGCAUGUUCAGGUUGGAGGGCAAAGGGACUUUAUCAUUAAACCAAAGAUCAUGGUAUCAGAGAGCUUCGCUCCCAUCUUGCCCCUUCAGUACGUCUGUGCUCCCGACAGUGAACACACGCUCCUGGCAGCCCCUGCACAGUUCCUCCUGGAGAAGUUCCUUCAACACGCCUCCUAUAAACUCUUCCCCAAAGCCAUCCAUAACUUCAAGUGUCCUGUACUGGCCAUUGACUGUUACCUCAACAUUGGACAGGAGGUAGCCAUAUGCUAUGUCAGCUCCAGACCCCACUCCAGCAACGUCAAUUGUGAAGGGGUGUUUUUCAGUGGACUUCUCUUGUACCUCUGUGACUCUUUUGUAGGUGCCGAUCUUCUCAAGAAAUUCAAGUUUCUAAAAGGUGCUACCCUGUGCGUCAUCUGCCAGGACAGAAGCUCCCUACGGCAAACGAUUGUUCGCUUGGAGUUGGAGGAUCAGUGGCAGUUCCGCCUCCGGGACGAGUUUCAAACUGCUAACAGCAGUGAUGACAAGCCUCUCUACUUUCUUACAGGACGCCAUGUAUGAGUUUUUGAAGAGACCAAAAACAACAAACAGAUCCCUAGAUGGAGUGGGACAAUUAUCGGGGACUUAUUUUUCCUUUAAAGUACAAUCACUGUGGAGCAAAGUGCAACGUAUUUAUCUCUUCUCCAAAGAGCUCCCCAAAUGUGACCAAGGUCAUCUUUGGGGGCACUGUCCUUCUUCAGUUCUUGUGACAGGACCCAGGUUCAGGCCAAUGCCACAGUGGGCAGUUAUGCAAUGACAUAGGAUGUGCUCUGCCAGUGGGAGCCUGAGGAUACUCUGGAUAACAAACAUGGAGUUUGCAUUGUUUUUUCUACUACACUAUGUUGGGGGGCAGGGGACUGACUGUCAGCAUUAGCCAGGUUGAAUGUGUUACAUGAAACUCACACCAUUGGUGUGGAAUUAAUUGAAGAUUAACACUUGAGGCCUGAACCCUCAGUUUCUCUUCAGAUCUGUACUUUGGUACAGAAUUACUCAGGGGUCUGAAACGAUAGAAUGUAGAAGAUAUUUGUAUUUAAAAAGAAGAAGUAGCUUUGUCUUUCUCUGUGCAGUGUUAGUUUAAAAUUUAUAAUCUUAUAUAUAUCGAAACCUUUGGCAAAAUUUCCACAGGAGUUAAAAGUUUACUAUUUAAACAGAACCAAAAAAAAAAAAAAAAUCAGUAAAUGCAGAGCAGGCGCUGUGUACUUUUAUAAAGGUUCUCUGAGCUUAAUUCCUUUGCUUUUCCCAUUUCCAGUCUUUAAUAAGCACACCAUGUCUAUGAGAAUGUAGAACAGUGAUUUGUGAAAGAAGCUAUGUGGACAAAUUAGCAUUAUGCAGGUGUGCCUUGCCACUAUGUUGUAGUUGAAAGUAAGCAGUUGGCACCUGGAAACCCACACAUCAGGCUGAGAUUCUACAGUGAAGUCGAACUAGUUUGAUUUCUUUGGCUCAGGCUAAGUAUAUCCUUUAAACAACUUAGCCAGGAACAGCUGUCACACAGAAAUGGGUGAAAUGGGAAACAGGACCAUAGACAAGUUUUCCUUAAUUUUAUCAGUGACAUUUUUCCUGAGGAGUAAGGAAAGAUUCUUAGUCUUUUGGACUCAAUAAAAUUAGUGGGUAGUGUAUGACUGAUAUCAGCAUUAGGGGGCAUAAAUUUCUAUGUGGCUCUCAUCAAAUACUUUAAUCAGAAACGUUUUGAGAAAAUAUUCUAUGGUAAUCUAUUGGAAGUUUACACUUAACUUGCUCUAUUUCGUGGUAUCUCUUCAGGUUUUUCUCAGCCCAUGUGCAUGACUUUAUCUCCAGUUAAAAUGGUCACUUUUACUUGAAUCUGUCUUAGGACCUGAGACUACUGAGAGCCCUACUGAGCCUGCAUUUACUGCAAGUGUUAGCUGGUGGGCUUGGUUAUCCAGGGAGAACAGGAGUUUACAGCAAGUGAGAGGAUGAAAUGUAUUCGACGGGAGCAGUUUGUAGAUCCCUUGGCUUUAAUGUAGCUACUUCUGAUGUCUGAAAUGUAUUUUAGAUGGAAAAAUUCCUUCUAACCCCAUUUUUAAUUGUCCUUCAAAGUGGACCUGCCUUAUGUGCUUACUCCCUAACUUUAGUGGAGCAGAAUUUUAGCUCAGAGGUACGUUCCUGGGCAGUCUGAUUUAGAUAUGAGUGUAUCUGACUUGUUCCUGUUUUGCUGAAAGGGUCCAAUGCAGGUAAUAUCAAGAAAGCCACUGUUUGUGCAAUAUUCCAAUAACACUAUGUAGGGUAAAUAAAAUACUUGAAAUAAUUUA